AUGGCUCGGGCUUUGAGCCCAAUUGAUGAAUCUCCAGUAACCUCAAAACCAGAUGCCCCAUAUCUCCUGGUCCGUGAGGCGAGCAAAGUCCGAAUUAGGGGACCAGUCAAACCCCGGAACGAAAGCACGACACUGAUGAGCAUGAGCAUGGGACGUCAAUCUAAUUGUAGGGUGGCUUUGCAUCGUGACUAUCUUUAUCUGAACCUACAUAAGUGUAAGGCCGAUAAACAGUGUUGCCUUCUUUUCAGGAACCAACCUAUACAGGCACAAGACCAACUGCAACGACCCAUCUCGUACGAGAAUGUCCUCGGUUUGCCGCGCAAUCGCGACCCAUCCUGA